AUACACAGCCUCAAUAAGUUGAGUGCCGAACAUUGAGUCCUACGUUGUUAACGCACACAAUAUCUUUUUCCUUUCAUUAAUCUUUUCAAACUAUAUAUACCGAUGGAGGAGGUUGUGUUGUUUUUGUGACACGAUCGGCCUAUCAGCACAAUAGUAUUAGGUUCAGAGCAUAUAUACCCCGUUGUUUAAAGCACGAUACAAAACAACACAUAAUCUAUAUCCAUGUCUCCUUGGGUUAUAGCCGUAGCCACUAUCGUAGCAGCAAUCCUUAUUUACCGGGUUUUGAAGCACAUUGCCGGGCCUUCAUUACCUCUGCCACCAGGGCCCAGGCCAUGGCCCAUCGUUGGAAACUUGCCCCACAUGGGCCCUGCGCCACACCAGGGCCUGGCAGCCUUGGCUAAGACUCAUGGGCCGCUCAUGCACCUCCGGUUGGGCUUCGUCCACGUGGUGGUGGCUGCCUCCGCCGCCGUGGCGGAGCAGUUCUUGAAGGUCCACGACGCCAAUUUUUGCAACCGUCCAUAUAACUUCAGGACCACAUACAUGACCUAUAACAAAAAAGACAUUGCUUUUUAUCCCUACGGACCACGGUGGCGGUUCCUACGCAAAAUAUGUACCGUUCACAUGUUCUCCGGCAAGGCCAUGGACAAUUUUAGUCAACUGCGACAGGAAGAGGUAGAAAGAUUGGCAUGUAAUUUAACAAGAUCAAAUUCUAAAGCAGUGAACUUGAGGCAAUUAUUGAACGUAUGUAUCACCAAUAUAAUGGCAAGGAUAACGAUAGGACGCCGAAUUUUCAACGACGAUAGUUGUAACUGUGAUCCAAGGGCAGAUGAGUUUAAAUCUAUGGUGGAGGAACAUAUGGCAUUGCUUGGAGUUUUCAACAUUGGUGACUUCAUUCCUCCCUUAGAUUGGUUGGACCUUCAAGGAUUGAAAACUAAGACCAAGAAAUUGCACAAGAGGUUUGAUAUACUUUUAUCCUCCAUUCUUGAGGAACACAAAAUUUCCAAGAAUGCCAAACAUCAAGACUUGUUAAGUGUAUUGUUGUCCCUUAAAGAGACUCCUCAAGAAGGGCAUGAACUCGUUGAAGAAGAAAUCAAAUCAAUACUUGGGGAUAUGUUUACAGCCGGAACAGACACAUCAUUGAGCACAAUAGAAUGGGCCAUUGCAGAACUUAUUAAGAACCCAAAAAUUAUGAUCAAAGUCCAACAAGAGUUGACUACUAUUGUAGGUCAAAAUAGGCUUGUGACCGAACUAGACUUGCCCCACCUUCCUUACUUGAAUGCUGUGGUGAAGGAAACAUUACGUCUCCACCCACCAACCCCUCUUUCACUCCCACGAGUUGCUGAAGAAAGUUGUGAGAUAUUCAAUUAUCACAUUCCCAAAGGUGCAACUCUCUUGGUCAAUGUUUGGGCCAUAGGACGUGACCCUAAGGAAUGGCUUGACCCAUUAGAGUUUAAGCCUGAAAGAUUCCUCCCUGGUGGUGAGAAGGCUGAUGUUGAUAUUAGGGGAAAUAACUUUGAGGUUAUACCCUUUGGUGCUGGGCGUAGAAUAUGUGUGGGCAUGAGCUUAGGCAUAAAGGUGGUUCAACUACUCAUUGCUUCCCUAGCUCAUGCAUUUGAUUGGGAGUUAGAGAAUGGGUAUGACCCAAAAAAGCUCAACAUGGAUGAAGCAUAUGGUCUCACCCUCCAAAGAGCGGUGCCUCUUUCCAUCCACACUCACCCUAGGCUUUCACAACAUGUGUAUUCAUCAUUGUCAUUGUGAUUUAGAGUUUAGCUUCCCUUAAUAAUAUGUAUCCAAGGAGUAUUGCUUGUUAAUAAAAAAAAAUCAAGAGGGUGCUUUAAUUUGUUAUGUUUUGAAAAAAAAGUAGGAAUUAAAUAAUUAAUUACUAUGUCUCAAACUUUGUAUGAGGAUGUAAUUUAAUUGAGACAUGCAAUGGUCAUAAAAUAAUUAUAAGUUUACGACAUUA